UGAACAUGUUGAAGAUACAUACAGUCUAAAAGAACAAACAUUUUAUCCAUUAAUACACUGACAGAUUAAGAUCAAUCAAGGUAACAUGCAGUUAUGCUGCCGAUAGAUACACCGAUAACAUACUGGCUAUAGACAAUAACCUUACAGUAUUGUCAGUAAUAUGAUCCUUAUAUUGGUACCAGGGAAAUGAGCAGCCAUUAAAAAUGAGUUACCAAAUCAAUGAGAUCUUCCUCAUUACAUUACUGGUAUGCUUAGGAGAAGGAAGUGACGACCUGUCAGAAAUGUUCCACAAUGACAUAUUUAUGCCAAACAUGGGACAAACUACUUGGAAUUCCCUCAAAUUCUGCUCAGAUAUUCAACAAUGCUUUUGCACUGAUCUCGGUCCUAAAAAGGGACUUCGAGUGGACUGCCAGGAAAGAAAUCUGACAAAUAUUCCGAACAAAGUCCCACUUCCCACUACACAGCUUAUAUUAGCUAAUAAUCUUAUUUCUUCAAUUCCUGACAACAUUUUUAUGAACUACACAAACAUGACAGUUUUAGACAUAUCCUUCAACAGGAUAACUCAGCUGGGACCAGGUGUCUUCAAGGGAUUAGCAAACCUUGAAGUUCUGAAGCUUGAAAUGAACCAAAUAAGGUAUAUAAAUACUUCAAUUCAUUCAAAAGCAUUUGAACCGAUGACCAAACUAAUGACGAUAAAUAUUCAACAAGAUUUACCUGAUAUCUCAAAAGAGGAAAGAUAUCCAAUAAAAGCUUUGGAAUAUUUAACAGCCCUACAAAACCUUGCUAUGGAUGGACUGCCAGAACAAGCAUUUAAUCAACAAUUCCUCAAACUAAAGUCUCUGAAAACUCUUCAGCUCGGUGGAAUUAGAAGAAGAUGUAAUAUCAAACAAAUCUCUCAAAAUAUGUUCAGGAAUAUGCCAAACUUAAUCAAUCUGACAAUACAAGGGUGCAAAUUAAAAUCUGUCCAGAAUCGAAGCUUUGUUGAAAUACCGAAACUUGAAAGACUUGACGUCUCCUAUAACGAACAAUUGGAAUUCAAAAGUCUGGCAAACAUUUCUUACGGUUUGCAAUUUACUAACAUUCAGACACUGGCUUUAAUAAAAAUUCAUGAAACUUUUGGUGAUUGUACGAUACUGACUGUUGAAAACAUACGACAUUUCUACAAUACGUCACUGAAGUUUCUUUUUUUAGACUCUAACAGACUUUCUCUGUUUGAAAGCAAAGCUGUGGGCUAUAUUCCUGGCAGUUUGGUUGGUCUGUCAUUGAAAGACAACAAAAUGAUGUAUGGAAAGUACCUUAUCCAACUAGCUAUAGAUCAAGUAAAGUAUGGUAUCUUUGAUAAUUUAAAAAUCUUUCUUAUUCCUUCACAAAGAGUUAAUCAUAGUUUCAGAGACUUGUUUAAAGACUUGGGGCUCAAUGAAAUACUUGACACAUUCUUACAUCGGAGCAAACAAAAACGCUCUUUAAGAGAACUUGGAAGGCGCAGUUUAUCAAAAAAAGACCUGAAAAGUCAUGAAAGAAAUUCCACAUCUUCCUACUCGACAGAUGUUAUGGAUACAAAAAAGGAUGCAUUUGUAAUCAGUGCACAAGACCUUGGCAACAUGAUGAAGUAUUUCAAAGACAAGUGCAAAACCUGUCAAAACAUUUUGCCAGAAAUUUUACCACUGCCGCUCCCACCAAAUCUUAUGUUUGUCGAUUUGAGCAACUUGCGAAUUCGCACACUGGUCACGCCUCUCUGUUUCUGCGAAAACAAAAUACAAACUGUACUCCUGGAUAGGAAUACAUUUUGGUAUUGGAAAGGACCACUACUGGGAUUAAAUGAAUUAACACAAUUACGCAUGUCAUGGAACUACUGCGAAGGAAUAUCUUUAGACUUCUUUCAUUACUUUCCAAAACUUCAGCUUUUGAACAUCUCAGGAAACUACCUUGGAAUUCCGCUAAGUACAGAUAAUGAUGGGAUGAUAUUCCGCAAACUAGUAAAGUUAGAAAUUCUCCAUAUGACUGACAAUAAAAUUAAAUAUUUGCCAGCAAAUAUUUUUCAGGGACUAAAGUUCCUUCGAGAGUUAUAUCUACAAUCAAAUCUAUUAAAAAUCGUUAGCUGGAAAACAGAUCAUAUGUGGAAACUAAAACUGGUUGAUCUGAGGGGAAAUCAAAUUGUAACCAUCCAUGAAAAAGUACGCAAACAGUGGGAUCAACUUGCUUCAAUGGGUUCUUUUGCAGUCAAUUUGGCAAAUAACUCCUUCAGAUGCAACUGCAAAUAUUUAGACCUGAUAUCAUGGUUUUCAGAAACGAAUGUGAAUUUGAUUGACUAUCACGAUUAUACAUGCAAAUUUGACAAUGAUACCCUUGGACAUUUAGUUAAUGCAAAAAUAAUUGCCAAAUCUUUAACAAAAGAAUGUGCUAACUAUUCCAAAGUAAUUCUGAUUUCUUCUUUGGCGAUUCUUUUCGCACUGAUCAUAAUGGCUACUGGGAUAGCAUAUCGCUACAGAUGGACUCUGCGUUACAUGUAUUACUCAGCAAAAUUCAAACUCAAAGGAUAUAGCCCCGUGAAUACUGAAGAGGGAGAUUUUGAAAAUGAUGUCUUUGUGUCUUACGCUGAUGGAGAUGGCACUUUUGUUCGUCGUCACCUAGUUCCUGAACUUGAAAACAAUCGUGGACUGAAUCUACUAGUGCAUGAUCGUGACUUUAGAGCUGGAAAUUUUGUAAAUGACAAUAUUAUGCAUGCUGUUAUAACAUCGCGAAAAACACUGAUUGUCAUGUCUCGAUAUUUCCUGCGAAGCAAAUGGUGCUGCUACGAGAUGAACAUGGCUAGACUGGAAGGUAUCAAAACUGGAAGAGAUGUGGUCUGCAUCCUUAUGAAGGAAGAGGUUCCCACUUCUGGCCUGCCCCUUGAAAUCAUGGAUAUAAUAAGCCAGAAAACAUACCUUGAAUAUCCAAAAGAGAACGAGAAUCAUUUGCAACAGUUUUGGGACAGACUAGCUCAUGCUAUCAAACACUAGCAACAUCAAACAUGUGUCUAUUCACAUGUGUAUCUAUAUAUCUAUAGACAAGAAUUGUUAAGAUCUGUUUCAAAUAUGCAGCAUACAUAAAUUCAAACUGUUAAAAUGUUUGAAGUUUUGCUGCAGAAAUAAAGUUGUAUUUGACACUUCCUGAAAUUCAUUGUUAAAUUAUGCCAUACUGUGAAAUCAUUUAAAUUUGCUGACAUGAAAUUUCACGUCAACGGCAAAAAUGACAGUUUCGCACGGGCUUUAGUUUGCAUAUUUUCAAUUUAAGAUAGAAUUAAAACAAUUUUUUUUUCUUCUGAAACCGCCAGCAUCACACAUGUCACUUUCAUGUACCACUAUCAAUAAAAGAUGCCCAUUUAUGACCUUGUUAAAAAAAACAAAAAAAAACAAAACAAUAUGAUAGUCCAGCUGAUAAUUAAUUGUUGUUAACUGACACUAUGGUUAGGUAAAGUGUGAAAGAGUAUCAAAGGAUCAAUUAAAAUAAAAUGAGUUUGAAGUCUUAUUAUGAAUGCGGCUUGUAAAAUUACUCUAAAACAACAAUGGCAGGUGCAAAUAAUUACGAAGCUGCGUCGUUACAAUUUCACUAACGCAGUGUGACAAACUUUAAGUUUGUGGACGACAAAUAAAUUUAUACACACAUGAAUUCAAACAUUUUCAUAGCUUUGUGUCAAGGGUUAAAUGAUAAAUAAAAGAAAUAUUUCGUAGUAUUUGAAGACAACGACACCGAUCGGUAUAAAACCAGCGUAAGAAAAUGAAGCAUUCGAAAAAGAAUAACCAAUUAAUUUAAAUAAUUUAAUCAGAUUUCAUAAUCCAUUUUGGUAAAAACUAAUAAGUUCAUAUCAAGGCAAGCAAUUAACUGUGACGUUUUGAGAAAAUCUGAAAUACGCAAGUCUUAAAAAUACACAUAUUUCGGACAGGAAAUAAAUUCGGAUAACUAUACUAAAUGGUUAAAUAACAGUGUGGUCUUAAAUCUGCUAUUCAUUCAUAGUGCAAAAUAAACGAAAAUUCAUCCUGCGCAAACAAAAAUGAUUUCACAGUAUGUAAAAUGUUAUUUUAGGUAAUAUUUUUGAUGGUACUUAUAUGUUAUCAAAUAUAAAAAGCAAUUACAGUAAAGCUAUGCAGAUCAAUAUAUCAUUUAAGACAACUCCAAAGAUGCUGAUCUGGAAUAAAACCCUUCAAGAACUCAA